GGAGGGCGAGCGGCGGCCUCGUUCUCGCGUGACGUAUUUGCCAGCCGUUUUCUGCGGUGCCCGGAAGUAGGUAGCGGAGGGACUCCCGGAAAGAAGCAGGCGAGAUGCCCGGCAUUGCCGCCCCGCAGCGCCAGGAACGGAGUCGUGACCGCGCCGUGGAUCCGCCGCCCGCUGAUGACUACGCAAAGGAAAGAUAUGGCGUAUUGCCGAUGAUACAGUCUCAGGAGAAACCAGACCGAGUCCUGGUUCGAAUAAAGGACUUGACAGAAGAGAAGGCUGAUGAAGUUCUUUGGGUUCGUGGCAGGAUUCAUACAAGCAGAGCAAAAGGGAAACAGUGUUUCUUAGUUCUGCGUCAACAGCAGUUCAGCGUCCAGGCUCUGGUGGCUGUGGGAGACCAUGCAAGUAAGCAGAUGGUAAAGUUUGCUGCCAAUAUUAACAAGGAGACCAUUGUUGACAUUGAAGGCUUUGUGAGGAAAGUGCCACAAAAAAUUGGAGGCUGCACUCAGCAAGAUGUCGAGCUGCAUGUUCAAAGGAUCUAUGUGAUCAGUUUGGCUGAACUGCGACUGCCCUUGCAGCUGGAUGAUGCUGUCCGCCCAGAGGGGGAAGGAGACGAGGAAGGAAGAGCUACAGUAAAUCAGGAUACAAGAUUGGACAACAGAGUCAUAGACUUGAGGACCUCUACAAGCCAAGCUAUCUUUCACCUCCAGUCUGGCAUUUGUCAACUUUUUCGAGAGACACUCAUUUGCAAGGGCUUUGUGGAAAUUCAGACUCCAAAGAUUAUUUCAGCUGCCAGUGAAGGUGGUGCCAAUGUGUUUACUGUCUCCUACUUCAAAAGCAGUGCCUACUUGGCUCAGUCCCCACAGCUUUACAAGCAGAUGUGUAUUUGUGCUGACUUUGACAAGGUUUUCUGCAUUGGGCCAGUAUUCAGAGCAGAAGAUUCAAAUACUCAUAGACAUCUGACAGAGUUUGUUGGUCUGGAUAUUGAAAUGGCAUUUGAUUACCAUUAUCAUGAAGUGGUGGAUGAGAUUGCAGACACUCUGGUGCAGAUAUUCAAAGGACUCCAAGAAAGGUUCCAAACUGAAAUUCAGACAGUGAAUAAACAGUUUCCAUGUGAGCCAUUUAAGUUUUUGGAGCCAACUCUGAGGCUGGAGUACCAGGAAGCUCUAGCCAUGCUUCGGGAAGCUGGAGUCGAGAUGGGUGAAGAAGAUGAUCUCAGUACGCCAAGUGAGAAGCUCUUGGGCCGUCUGGUGAAGGAAAAGUAUGACACAGAUUUCUAUAUUCUGGACAAAUAUCCUCUGGCUGUAAGACCUUUCUAUACAAUGCCAGACCCAACAAAUCCAAAAAUCUCAAACUCUUACGACAUGUUCAUGAGAGGAGAAGAAAUCUUGUCUGGAGCUCAGCGAAUUCAUGACCCACAGCUGCUGACCGAGAGGGCCCAGCAUCAUGGCAUCGAUUUAGAGAAAAUUAAGGCUUACAUUGAUUCUUUCCGUUUUGGUGCACCUCCCCAUGCAGGUGGCGGCAUAGGACUAGAAAGAGUAACCAUGCUGUACCUUGGCUUGCACAAUGUCCGGCAAACCUCUAUGUUCCCACGUGAUCCCAAACGUCUAACACCUUAAGAAGUCUGGAUCUGCAGCUUCUCAGUGACCUCAUAACCCAGCAUAAUGGAAAGAUGUCUAAUCUACUGAAGUGCCACAAUGACAAGUGUUCAGUUCUUAACAGCUUGAAAUCCAGUAUUUUAACAGACCUAGAUUCUAUUAUUGUUAGACAAUGUCAGCUUUUUAAGAAGAACUUGAUGAAGUUGAGAAUAUUAUCAUGUUGUACUUUAGGAAGUUUCUAAACACUUGAAUAUUAAUAAUAUUCCUAAUUGUGUAAAAAAAUGAGUGUUUUAAAAAAUAUAACAACAAAGCUAUAGAUUUCAAAGUGUAGAGUUUGAUUCUAACAGUCAUGCAAAAGGAUUAUUUUGAGAAGCAGUUGAGAAAUGAUGGACUAAGUUUGGACUUCCUGAACUGUAAACACAGGUUGCAAUAAAGCUCCUUCCUAUA